CCGCCGCCGGGGCCGCUCUCCUUACGCAACCGGGCAACUGAAUCCAGAAAAGGAACUGGCGGGGGGGAGAGAGAAGUGUGCUUUUUGUUCAAACCAGCCAAUGGGCGCAGUCGGCGGGGGGGAGAUUGACAGCCGGGGUCAGGUGCGGCUCCUGCGUGUGGGCUUUGACAGACGCACGCACAAAAAGACAUCUCUCCCCCCAAAGCCAAGGCCAUAUUGUGACCGCGCGUGGUGUUGCUUUGGGGUUUGCAGCGGGCGGAGCUGGAGCUCCUCCUCCUCCGCGGCGGAUUAACUUAAUCAUUUGGGAGGAUCGCGACCUUCCACCCAGCAGAUCUCUCAUCUUGCAGGGGGGCUCCUGGGAUUGUGUUUGUUUCGCUUUUAAUUAAUUAUUGCUCGCAACCGGGACUCUUUUAAACAAAAGGGAUAAAGGACAACACACAGCUUAAGUUUGUGCGCUUGGGAAUCAAGGCUUGGAAACUGAGGGGACGAAAAGGAGAAGAAAAGAUCCGAGAAGAAAGAGGUUUAUUUCUUUGCUUGCUGCUUAUGCUUCGAGUCAUCUCUCCCUAGUGCUGCCAAAUACAUCACCCCCUGCCUCCCCAGAAGCAUCCCAGAUUUCCUAGGUAUCUUGGCAAGGGCUGGUAGCUUUCCUUCGGCCAUGUCUCGACGAAGCCAGCGCCUUGGGACUGUUCGCUAUUACCAAAGUGAGGAUGACGGCAACGGCAGCAGCAGUGGCGGGAGUUCAUUGCUGGGUAGCCAGCAGGCCCUGUUUAAAGACAGUUCUGCUAGCCGGAGCUUAAGAAGGAAGUCCAACAGCGUGAAGCGCCCAUCUCCUGCACCUAGCCUGGGUACCAGUCCCACGGGCCAUACCACCUACUAUAGUGAAUCUGUGGUCAGCGAGUCCUACCUGGGCGAUGGCAGGGGCUUUUCUGCUGAUGGAAGGGGCUUUUCUGCUGAUGGAAGGGGCUUUUCAGCUAGGAGUAGUUCUGCCUUGGAUGACCCACUGGACAGCAAUUCUUACUGGAGUGAUGAACUCUCAGUGAGAAGGAGAAGAGGCACUGGAGGUACAGAGUCCAGUAAAAUCAAUGGGCUGGCAGAAAGAAAGAUAUACGACACCUAUGCUUCUUCAUCUGGCUAUUCCUCCGAGGAUGAUUACGCAGGCCACACUUGCUUGGAUCAGAAUACUUCCAGUUCCAGGUUGAGGAAUGCCCUCUCCAAAGUUGGCUCUUUUCUGUGGCUGGUGAUUACAUCACCAGGCCGAUUCUUUGGACUGUUAUACUGGUGGCUGGGGACCGCAUGGUACCGCCUCACGACGGCAGCCUCCCUCCUAGACGUCUUCAUCUUAACAAGGAGCUACCCAGUCCUGAAGAAGCUGCUGCUGUUGCUGCUUCUCUUGCUGCUCCUGACAGCUGUUGGUUACGGUGCCUGGUAUUUUUACCCCUUUGGACUUCAUCCUGCUAUGUUUUCUUGGGGAGCUAUGAAAUCCCCUCCCUCUGUUACCAGGAAAGGGUAUGAAGCAGGUGAUUUUGCUGUACUCCCUGAGGCACAGCAGCAGGUACUGUCUCGGCUUCAGGCCCUGGAGAGACGUUUUGAGACCCUGGAGGCGACGGCUUUGGUGCUUGAGCUCCAGAAAGGAAAGGCAUCGGAAGGGGCAGCUUUGUCGCAUGAUGAUACCCUGGCGCUUCUGGAUAGGUUGGUGAGACAACGAGAUACGGCCAUGAGAGAGGAAUUCCGCAAAGAUAGAGAUCUUCACAUCCAGGGCGAGUUGGAUGUCUUCCGAUCCCGGCUACAGAAGGAGUUUGACAGUCUCUUGGAGAAAAUCUCUCAGGCUUCUCAGGAGACAGAGACCCGAAUGCUCCAAAUGACUUCGCAGUGGCAAAGCUCUACACAAGAAGGCCUGAUGGGUAACUUCCGAAAGGGGAUGGCCACACUGGAGGAACAGUUGGCAGACCUGAAGAAGGAAUUUGUGAUCUUGACCUCUGAUCAUAAUGUGUUAUCAAACCAUGUGGAGUCUCUUCCGGGACAGAUCAAGGGAGUCCGGAAGGAUGUGGAGGCCCAGUUUCCCAUAUGGCUGAGCCAAUUCCUGUCCCGCCCUCGGGAGGAUGGAGUGGGCAGUCUUUUCCUCCAGCAUGAGGAACUAGAGGAACAGCUCCAGAGGCUAGAGCGCAAGAUCCUUGCCAAGAUCUCGGAAGACCAGCGGUUGUCUGCGCGGGACGUUGGGAUAACACUGCAAAGGGAAGGAGUCAUAGGAGUAACGGAAGAGCAAGUGCACCGCAUUGUGGACCAGGCCCUGAAGCGCUAUAGUGAGGAUCGCAUCGGAAUGGUUGACUAUGCCCUCGAAUCUGGAGGGGCCAGCGUUAUCAGCACGCGGUGCUCAGAAACCUACGAGACGAAGACGGCUCUGCUGAGUGUCUUUGGGAUCCCCUUGUGGUACCACUCACAGUCUCCACGGGUCAUCCUGCAGCCAGAUGUACAUCCUGGGAACUGUUGGGCAUUCCAGGGCUCUGAAGGUUUUGCUGUUGUCCGCCUUUCAAGCAACAUCCAUCCCACUGCUGUGACGCUAGAACACAUCUCUAAAUCCCUCUCGCCCAAAGGGACCAUUCCCAGUGCCCCCAAGGACUUUCAAGUCUUUGGUUUAACUGAAGAAGGGCAGCAAGAGGGCAUCCUCCUUGGGCAAUUUACAUAUGAACAGGAUGGAGAUCCCAUCCAAACGUUCCACUUGCAGCUUCAGGAUGAAGACAAGAGUGCAGCCUUCCAACUGGUUGAACUCAGAGUUCUCAGCAACUGGGGCCACCCGGAGUACACCUGUAUCUAUCGCUUCCGUGUGCACGGGGAACCCGUCUCCUAACCCUUCCCGGUGCCACAGUCUUGCUAGCUGACUACCUCAAGUUCUGCGCCUCGGAGAGACACAAGCAGAGAGAAGGCAGUGCCAGAAAGGCAAGCCCCUUGGCUUGGACAACACACUUUGGCUACGUUGCUCAUAGAUGGGGAGUGCGAGGACUCAACAGUCACCCGGGCCAGUCUGCUCGCUCCUGAAAACCCUUUCCGUGUGCAGAGAGGGAAAGAGGGCUUCUCGGUUUGGUGUUUUAUACUCCGCCGCUUCUUAAAAGUUGGUUGUUGUUUUUUAAAGCUAUGUACUUCAUAUUUCCCUCCCCUGACACCCUCCCCCUCGCCCCCCCAAAAUGGUUUCUAAGCGUUCCUUUAGAGCACUGUGUUAUAUUCUAGUGGUGUAUAUGUAACUAUCAGAACUUUAUGGGAGGGUUGGGUUAAUAUAUUUAUGAAAUCUGCUUUACAUGAGGACUGUAGGUGGCUUUUGUGCUGUUGCUCUCCCUUUCUUCGGUUUUGGAGAGUUUGCUGGAUCGCCCCCCCCGCCCCCCCGGCAAAUCUAUAAGCUGGCUUGGAGUUGACUGUAGCAGGGGCCCAAAGUGCUGUAUAGUAGGAACAAGCAUCUUGGAGUGGGAGAGAGACAUUUUAUUUACAGGAGUCAUGGAAGUAUUUGAAAACUGAAGGCUGCUGGCCUGAGGGAUGGGAAGGAGAAUUUUACCCCCACUAAGGAUGGAGAAUGGAAAAGUGAACUUGUCAUUGUGUGGCCUGCUGUCCAAACUCAUUUCCAUUCUGCUGUACUCAAUUUUCUUUGCUUGGGUUUAAAAGACUCAUGGGCCUAACACUGACAUGGAAAUGAUUAUGUCUAAUUUUAUUUAUUUAAUUUAUACACUGCCUUUCCUAAAGCGGCUAAGGAUAGUUUACAUUAAAAUCAAACACAUAUAAUACAAAACCAGAUUAAAAACUAGAUAUUAAAAGCCAUACUCCAAGGAAAAUCAUCCCCUCAUGUCCACGGGGGGGUGGGGGAGCAUGUUCCAGAGGGGUGAGGGCUCAUCAUUAAAACUGUAUGGUGAGGGAAAGCUACUCUGUAUCAUCUCAGAGGCACUCAUGUGCCUCAUUCUACAGCUGAGUCCUGAAAUUUAAAAGCGGGGUAGGGGUUCUAGGUCUAAACCUGGCUGAGCCUUGGCUCAAAUUAAACUCUGCCUUUUUAUUCUUCCACCCUUGCUCUUGAACUACACAUUUUAACUCAUAAGCUGCUGCAAUACAAAUGGCUUCAGAUGCUCAAAGAAGGUUGGAUACUGAUUUGGCUUGUAUAUGACAUAUCUGUUUUCUAAGACAUUUGGCUAGGAAGUAGUUGAGGGCAGAACCAUUAACCAUUUCCACUAGCCGAAUAAAGCGUGGGCAGGCUGGUUCAGCCCUUGGGACCCUUGCUUUAGAUGGACACAGGGUCCAUACCGAUAACCACUGAUAACGUGCCAUGGUGCAGAUGGACUAGUUUGAUAAGUUCUCCAUCAGUACUAGCCUGCCAUGUGGCAAGAACUUUUCCAUACUUGUGUACCUGAUCCACACAUGCAGCAGAACGAGGUGGGAAUCAGGCUGAGAUAAGAGACUUGGCAUCUACCACUUCAGGAGACAGGUGUGGGAAUUGUAGUUUUGCAUGUUCCCCUGAACCGGAAUAAGCUUCUCCUUGCAAGUAGGAAAAUAAAGCAGGAUGGGCUAGAAUGCUUUCUGUGCUUGUUUUUAAAUGGGUAAUGGUGUCUGAAGUGGUGCAGCCUACUCUACAGCCUCACUCUGUUGUAGGUUUAGACUGGUCUCACCUAGACAUAUAGGAAAAUCUGUGCUCAAAGUCUCACUACAACAGAUGAUCAGUUUUCCAACAUUUUACACUGUUACCUUUUUAUAAAUGAUCCCCAGUAUCCACCCAGUGCAAAAGCUCGGUUGAGCCAGGGCUACCUCAUAAAAUAGUGCCUUUGUUUAAGGCAGUGGCCCUUAACUUGGACCUCUAGAUGUUGCUGAACCAUCAGCCCCACCUAUGAUUUAUUGUGGUUGGGGAUGAUGGGAGUUGUAGUUCAGCAACAUCUGGAGGCCUCUAGGUUGGGAAACACUGGUCACAUAUCAUUGAGCUGGCUAUGGUUCUUGUCCCUUUUGACAGGCAUACCUGAAUUGAGUUCAAGAGCAACCAGUUUUCCCUGCUUCUAGAGGCUGGCCUUUGUGGUAGUCCUGAAGCCAUUUCCACCCCACUCCGUCUUUAAAAUAGACACAGGCACACAAUAGAUUGCCCUUUUUUUAAAAAAAGGUGCUUUAAAUGUUUCAUUUUGUUAAACAGAUAAAGAUGCAGGGCACCAGCAAAAAGGUUAAGAACUCAGAAGCUUGCCCAGUGGAGUGGAGGGAAAAGUCAAAGCCAAAGGAGGAACAGCUCUCCCCACUGCCCUGCCUCAGGCAGAUAAACCUGCAUCUGCUCUUGGAGGGUAGGAGCAGUGUCUUCUCCCUCUUACUUCUCAGCAGUGUUUCCAGACCCAGUGACACUCGUCUGCCACUCCAAGCACAAGGGACUGCUACACAUUCUAAGGACACUGUGAUGGAUAUGUUGUUAGUUGCAUGUACUAUCCGUGGGGUGGGGCGGGGCAGGUAGCUACAACUGACUACAAGAGACCACACACAGCCCUCAAAAGUGACAGUAUAUCUAUCAAAUCGGAAAGUGACAGUAUUAUGUGGACCACACCACUUCAGUGUUAGGGCAUGAGGUUUAAGAACUCUGGCAACAUAAUGCAGUAGCAAAAUGCCUGGGAAGCGCUUAGUUAGUGGGGAAACCUAUCCCAUGUAAGCCCCAUCCAACAGAGUUUAGCAGGAAUAGCUAUAGGCUCGGUUAAUAUUAAUAGGUUCUGUAAACUGAAGUAUGAUGUACAGCUAGAGAUACAGCCAAGUGCUUCUGUAGCUGGGGAGGGGGGAGUGCAAGUGCAUGCUGGGCCACCACAACUUUAUUUCCCUCCAUGUUUUCACAGCUGAUGGUUGUCAUUUUAAAGUGGUGGAGAACUAGGCAGAACCCAGGCGAGGGAAUGAGUAGCUAGUAACUUGUUCCUGUAUUCUUGUCAAGAUUUCAGGGUCACAGCAGAUUAUCUGCUUGAUUGAAGGCAGCCUGUUUCCCCAUGAUGCUAUGUUCUCUAGCCUACAGCAAAUUCCUUGCUGAGCAUUUUCACAACUUUACAUUCAACAGACGGGCAGUUCCAACAUUACUUUUCUGUAUGAUGAAAGCAGAUCAUCUGACAUGCAAAAGUAGCACAGUUGCAGUUCUCAAAUAGUGUCAGGCUUGCAUUUGCUUCUAAGCGCACUUCCCCUCUGAGAACAGGGAACCGGCUCACAGCUUGCCCCAUUGCUCUUCUGAGCAACUCUAGGCAGGCCCAAGGCCUGUAUUGGCCCACACUUUGCUAUAGAGCAGGUACUGCUUGUGCAGACGUUUUGCACGGUGGUUAUGCGCUGAUGUCUGUUUUUAGAUAUGAGGGUGGGAGAGGGCGUUUUGAAAUACAUGGAUGUAUGUUGAAGAAAAAGCUAAGCUUUCGAUACACAGCUUACACUCAUUUGUAUUCUUCAAGAGGUGGAGGAAUGGUAAACACUGAUCUUUAACUUCAUGUAUACUUAAAAAGGAGACACAAAUGGCUGAUUGUGCUUGGAGGAAAGCUGAGAAGCCUGUAAGGGUGCAUAUACGAGACUAUGUUUUUAGAAUUAAAGGUUAAUGAACCUGCUGUGACUACCCAAUCAUAAUCCCAUAACUAUUUACUUAAAACAGAAAUAUUUGCUCCAUCACAUACACUGAAAGGAGUCAGUUUAACCUCAUCUUAACCAGUCUGAGUAAAUGCAAAAGGGCAAAUCAGGUAUAACCAAUCAGUAUUCCGUGAUCUUAAAUAUAAGAACAGCUCUGCUGGAUCAGGCCAAAGGCCCAUCUAGUCCAGCAUCCUGUUUCACACAGUGGCCCACCAGAUGCCGCUGGAAGCCUACAGGCAGGAGUUGAGGGCAUGCCCUCCCUCUUGCUGUUAUUCCUCUGCAACUGCAACUCCCCUGCAAAUAUGGAUUGGAGGAUCAUGAUAAUUUUCUAGACAGUAUUCCUACUUGUAGCCCUUUUGGGAACCUUUUAAGAUGUUGCUUCUUCUAAGCAAUAGAAGAGGUGAUUCAUAUACCCAUUGGCUUAACAGCAACCAUGCAAAUUUCUCGCCUGCGUCAGCAACCUGGCUGCAGCAGCUGCCAUUCACAGGCUAAGUUGUUUGGACAUGACCAGUCAUACAGACUGUCAGCUCAAAAGUAACACCACUUACCACCUGCAAAAGCAACACACAUCAUCUUGAAUGCUUAUAUACAUAGGUGAGCUUUACAGGGUAGUAACAACAACUAUAAAGCACCUUCCAAAGCACGGCUUCUCUUUUUUAUUCCUUAUGGCCUCAUUUUGUGCUUCUCCUAUGAAAGCAGUUAUCUCCAAUGCAAGAGACCGAUUUGUAUCUAACUCUGUAGCCUAUUGCAAAUGCUGCACUGUUUUGUUCAUUGUUUUAUAUCUACAGAUUGUAAUCUAUGCCUAUGCAAAAGAAACCCAAGAUAAUAAAAUUUCAAAAAAGUCA